UGUCGCUAACGUUCGACAUAGCUAGCGCUAGCUAGCAAAUGUCAAGUCAACAGAUAGCAUACUGCACAAAAUGCUAACACUAUGCUAACACAUUGGAAGCUUGUCAGAGUUAAAAUGGGCCAUACAUGUAAAAUUAUUAGGUGGUACACUCUAUUACAAUAAUUGUAGACCUUUUUUUACACAUGUGAUAAUGCUAGUGUUUGUUGUAUGCACGUUGUGGACAAGUACAAGAGCUAAUCACUCACGGGAGUUAGCGUUAGCUAGUUGUUGUUUGGGUAACGUUACCUCGUUAGCGUUACUUGUUUUUGUUUUUUUGCAGGCAGGACCUCUCAUCAAAACGAAAAUUCCAAAAGACGCGGAUGGGAAACAGAAAACAUUUGGUUUUGCUGUUUACAAACACGAAGUGUCCGUGCCAUAUGCCAUGCAACUAAUCAACGGGACGUCGCUGUAUGGGAGAACCAUUCAUGUGCAGUUUAGAUCGGGUAGCAGUCACAGCAGCAGUCCAGGGAACUCGCAGAACACAAGUCCUGCAAAUAUCCCGAAUCCGCAUGGCCAGAGGACUCCGACCCAGUUCAGUUCCCCACCAUAUACUCCUCCGACCCAAAUGCAGAGGUCCUAUUCAUCUCCCGAUAACCUCCAGAAGCAUGUCAUGCUGAACAACAUGCCGUGGCUCCACAUGCAGCAGGUCGAGCAGCUGAAUGACGGAUUCUCCAAGUCUCAGCAGAGGCAGCUUCCUGCAGGUGGAAACUCCGGCGGAGGGGCCUCCAGGCAACCCGAUAACGCCCAUUAUCGGCAUUCGGCGCAGACGAACAGCGGCGGCCGGAAUCAGCGCUACGCAGAAGAACCGGCUGCCGGCCGUCAUCAGCAACAACAGGGCCACGGCCGGGACGGCUAUCACCAUCAGAACGACAGGAGCGGCAACCGUCACCAUGACAACAGAGGUGGCAACAGACAUCACGACGACAAGGGAAGCAACCGUGGCUACCAAGAUAAUAGAUGGCGACGGUACUGAGACACGUAAAGACUUCAGCUCUUCACAUUUGUGGACGGCUUCCUAAAAAAGAAAAGAGUUGUGUUGAUUAAUUCACAUGUAUACUCAGGUUGUUUGUACAUGAUGCGACCAGUUUGAAGAUUUGAUAACGUAUGCCUUGGAGACAUUUUUCUUUUUAUUUUUAAGGCGUUUUUAAAUUUGUACACUUCUUUUAUGUGAGCUUUUACUCACAGAUGUCACAAUUAUUUUGAGCUGUGUCGAUGAGAGCAAGGAGACAAAAAAAAAAAGAAUCAGACUUGAGUAGGAGUCAUUUUGGAAGACUAAGAAAAAAAAAAAAAAAAGUAUUUAAAAAAGAUUUUCAACAUUGGCGAGUUUUUAUGUUAUGCAAAAAAAAUAUUGAAAUGGUGCUCUCAGAAAUUCUUCAGGUACUUUGCAGAAUCUUCAGCUAAAGGUUCCACCAGCACCACUUUUACGGCAGCGGGGGCACCAUCCUUUCUUAAUGUUAAAUCUGUUGACCUUGCGCUUUCUGGAAAAUGGGCUUUAUUUCAAUUUUUUUAUUCUGAGUCUGUAAGACUUAACUGUUUUAAAAUGGAACAUUUUCAUCACUAUAAAGCCCCUUUCAUUUGA